AUGAAUGAAGACUUGAUGGUCGAGGACAUUCAUCUACCAAUGCAAACUACUUCUACCUUGGGUCAGUACCCGAGAGCACAAUACUAAAACAACAAAACGCCUUUGAGAGACAGACCUCCAAAUGACAUGAACCAGCAAGUGGUGAAUAUGAAGUUGAUUUAGCCAGAUAGAUCUACUAAUUAACUUCAGCAAUAAUAAAAUCAUUAAAAUAACUUUCAAGAGGACUAGUUUUUUAACUCUCACAAUGAAAAGUCUAGUGUCGCUAAUAACAUGCUCAGCUCCAUGAUAGUUGACUACGAUCAGAUUGUGUUAGAAUCAAAUGAGUUUGAUGUAGAGAUACUGAGGCAGCUGCCAGGCUAUGUAUAACGGAAAUACCCCGAUGCACUAUUUAUGGGUUAACUUAUAAAUGGUAAACGCUUUGGCAAAGGAGUGAUGAGAUAUAAGAAUGGGCGAUAGUAUGAGGGCGAUUGGGAGAACGACCUCAGACAUGGCAAGGGAUUUGAAAGAUAUCCAAAUGGAAACUCUUACUAUGGUCAUUUCAAGAUGGGGAAAGCUCAUGGCAAAGGUGUCUACUCUUGGAGUAAUGGAGAGGUCUAUGAUGGAGAAUGGGAUUAGGGAUUAAAACAUGGAUAUGGGAUAUGGAGAGGACUCUACAAUGAUUCCUACAUAGGUGAAUGGAGAUCAUCCAAAGCAGAGGGGUAUGGAGUGCAUACAUGGAAGAAUGGAGACAGGUAUGAAGGAGAGUGGAAAUGCUGUCUCAAACACGGAUAAGGAACAGACAUAUUCGCUAAUGGUGAUAUUUAUACCGGAGAAUAUAAGGAAGGCAAGCCUGAAGGGAAAGGUCAGUACACUUGGUCAAAUGGUUCAUUUUAUAUUGGAGAGUUCAGAAAUGGACUCAAGCAUGGAAAAGGUAGAUGGAAGAGCGGCAAGGGACCUUAGUGCAAUCAAUACGAGGGAGACUAUAUCUCAGACAAGAAAUAGGGCUAUGGUGUAUUUACCUGGGCAAGUGGCAAUAUUUAUAAAGGAGAGUACAAGGAAGAUGAGCGUGAUGGUUAUGGUGAGAUGAAGUGGACUGAUAGUAGCAUCUAUCAGGGUGAGUGGAACAAAGGAAUCCAACAUGGUUAUGGUAAAAUGAUCUUCCCAAACGGUACAGUGAAAGAGGGCUACUUUGAAUUCAAUGUGUAUAAGGGUCCAAAAUAGAACCAAUAGCAGGAUGGCUCACCUUCUUAGAACAAUGACAAUAUGAGAUCAACAAGAGCAAGUAGCAACUUCUACCAGGGCCCCAAUCCUUAUAAAGGCCCAGCAUAAACUUAGGAGCUAAUAAACAUUUAGCAAAAUGUUCAGUUUCCUGAUAUUGUACAAGCUCAAAUAGUCUAAAACAUGUCGCCCUAGCUGACCAAAAACUAAGCGAUAUUGCCUAAGUCAAUUCCUAAGAUGAGAGGCUCGGUGAAUUAGAUGACCGCUGCCUAGUAAUAUUAAGGAGCUUCGAAUGGCUUCAGUCAAGCAAGCUCCUUCUACAAGUACCAAAGAGACCAAAUCAGCAGUAAAGACUCUGCUCGAGGUAUCAGGAAUGUAUCCCAAGAGAAGCAAUCGAAUAGAGUAUCAGGUCUGAAUGACUCAAUAAAUGUGGGCAGGUAAAUCAUCCAUCAGCAAAUCAACUAGCAAAACAACAAUAACAACCACUCGUAAAAUAGAGAGAUGAUAAUGAGAACCACAGUGAAAAGCAAUAACAGUGGCAAUAGUAAUAAGUCCUGGAUACAGUACAAAAACUCUCAAGUAGAUGUGAACAACUACAACAUGAAUGAGUAUGUUGGGCAUUAGCAGAUGAAUUAGUACAUGAACUAGCCUAAUCGUGGGACAAUCAUAAAUGCUAACAAUAAAAAGCUGAUCACCAAUAAUACAUAGUAAAGGAAAAGAAAAGUAAGAGAAUGA